UUUUGGCCUGAUUUGGCCUGUCCGGAAUGCCUAUCUGUCCGGCUUGCUUAUCAAACACGUUAGGGUUGAUGGAGUCUAGACGAAGUACCGCGACGAGUGGCCCCGAUGCUGCUGACGGCCUGGUAAGUCGCGCAAGCAAUAAUAAUACAGACGGUGUCUCCCAGCAGUGUUACUCGCGUCCAGCCUCGAGUAUUCCAGUUUUUCCAUCAUGCUGUUCAAGGCCUCGAGGUGGCUCAUGCCCCUGCUGGUACAUGGCUCACACGUGGCGGCACAGAUUAUUGAGGUCGAGCCCUUCAUCCGCGAUAUUCCCAAAGUCGAGCUGCACAUCCACAUUGAAGGGACGCUGACACCGCGGCUUCGAUGGGAUCUGGCUCAGAAGAACAAUGUCACUUUACCAUAUAAGACCUUCGAAGAACUUCAGGCCAGCUAUGACGAACUUGCAAAUUUGCCACAGGAGAAUUACCUCCCAGCUUUCUUAGAAGGCUACUACGGCGGCAUGGAUGUACUCCUCCACGAAGAUGAUUUCUACCAAUUGGCCAUCGACUACUACAACAAAUCCGUCUCACUCAACGUCCGAUAUUCCGAAAUCUAUUUCGACAUCCAAGCCCAUACUCGUCGAAACGUCUCUGUUGCCAACGUCAUGAACGGCUUUCUACGCGCAAAGAAAGAAGCCAAGGCUAAAUACAACUACGACAGCACUUUCAUCCUCGCCUUCCUCCGCGAACUUCCCGUAGAAUCUGCUCAAGAACACUACGAUCUUGCCGCGCCAUGGCGAGGGACCCUCUUCACGGCCGUUGGCCUCGACAGCGAUGAGAGACAACGUCCGCCAAUUCUCUUCGAUAGCGUAUAUCGCCAAGCACGCAAAGACGGUCUCAAACUCACUGCCCACUGCGAUGUCAAUCAAGAAGACACCUACGAACACAUCCGCCAAGCCGCCCUCGAAGUCGGAGGCGGAGGCCUCGAUCGCAUCGACCAUGGUCUUAACGCAGCUGAGAAACCAGAACUUAUCAAUGCUAUCAAACAGCAAGGUAUUGGACUAGCUUUGUGUCCUGCGGCUUACAGUUUAAUCGCGAAUUCGAGUUUUAUCUUCCCUCGAGUGAGGACUUUAUACGAUGCUGGGAUUCCGAUUACGGUGAAUAGUGAUGAUCCGACUUAUAUGAGGAAUUAUUAUGUUUCGGAGGCGCUACAAAUGACGCAGGAUGAGACGCCUUUUUCGAAGGAGGAAGUGGUGCAGUUGCAGAGGAAUGCGAUUCAGAUUUCAUGGGCUGAUCCGCUUGUGAAAGCGGCGAUUGCGGCGGAGUUGGAGGCUUAUGCGGUGGAGAAUGUGAUUUGAUGAGGGAUGAAGGAGAGGUCGUGAGGGAGACUUUCGUCCAAGACUGUAUGUUGCAAGCGUUCGUGCAGGUCGAUUUUCUUUUAUGCUAGACUGGAUGAAUAUCUGACAGUCUCGACUAUCGAGAUGUUGCUGGAGUACAUUGACGUCUCGUCAUGUUAUUGUCCCCGGGAGAUGCCCAUCUUUUCCCGAGCGCGAUACAGUUUCGUUCUCUCAUUUGCGAAAGCAGCUCGUGUGGGUGAGUACGAGCUAACCGUGGCUACCUCUGAAUGCAACUACCUGUGAGUGCAAGCGCCUAACUAGAAUGGCUCUCGAUCCAUGGGAAGCUUUGCUGAUUGGCU